AUGAAGAAUGAUCUCCACAAGACCUUUGGCGAAAUCUUCAACAAUGACAUUGACGCGUUCCGUAAUCAACUCUUGGAGAUCCAAGAGUACCAAUGUGACCGAAGGGAGUCUGAAAAGUGGGCAGAAAACUUGCGCUUCCUCGACAUUUCAAAAGUUCCAGACUUGCAGACCGAACGGUUGAAGCAGGAACGCCUUUAUUCGCAGUCAGAAGAGAAGGAUCCGCUCUUUGAACGAAUACCACCAUCCUACGAUGUUCCCAUCACAAAACGGGAAGACGAUAAUGGCGAUAGGUAUAUUGCCGUCUCUUACAAAUGGCCUCAGGCUCGCCCAAAAUCCGUCUCUAGUACUAUGAAUCCGCCUGUUUUCCGCUACCAGAUCAAACGACCAGGUAAAACGUCCCAUAAGAGUGGAUUUCCGGACCAUUACAUGGACCGGGUUGUCCGAUAUGCACAAAGUGUCAAAAUUACGAGACUAUGGGUCGACAUAGAAUGCAUAUACCAACGGCCGGAAGACAAGCGCACGUCGCCGAAAGACCAAGAGCUUGGUGUUCAGGUCAUGGACAUGGUCUACGGUGAUAGCACACAUUCUGUCGGCAUACUAACUGUCGAGAUCCAAGACCAACGCGAGAUCGAUAUGCUGUCGAAUCUGCUUUCCAAGUCUCUCUUUGUCGAUGCCGAAGACGAGGAAAAUCUAAAACUGCGACCAGAGGUCGACGUCACCGCCGUGCAGAUGUUGAUUCUUCACAUCCUCAGCGAUCCCCGCUGGUCGCGCGGCUGGAUCUUCCAAGAAGACCAUCUUGCGUCCCAGAAGAUGGUGUUGCUCAUCCCAUAUAAUCUGCGGCUCGAUAAGAGUGGUCAAUACAAAUUUGGGAAAAUACCAGGCGAGCUUCAGGUAAGGCUCAAGGAUUUCCGACAAACUGUGACAAUGUUUUGUCGAGCGUGUACCACGGGUGAAGUACGAUGGCCUAGUACCGAGAUCUUGGCAAAAGUGACGCAGUACAACAUUUGCAAUAAGAUCAUUCAUAACCUGGACCUUACAGCGACAAUACAGUGUGUUCCACGUCACUGUGAUGUCGAGUCAAGUUUUGGUAGUGAGGCGAGCAAGUCCAGCACACAGUCCGACUACACCAAGAUCUACGCGUAUCCAACCACGACUGCAAGUGUACUCGAUGACAUUAGUAGCCGCUGGUUAGAGAGCGAGUCGGAUAGAAUCGCCAUACUUGCCAACGCUUUGAAGUUCAAAAAGCGGCUCAAUACCGGAGAGGGAUCACCAUUGGUUGAAUCUGGGACCUACAGUCUUUCUGCAGCUCUUCUCACCGUAAUCUUGAUGAAUGGAGAAAUAUUCAAGAAUAUCCCAGGGGUGCCAGUCAAAUGGCCUUUGCUUGAUCGCUCAUCUGAAUUUCCUACUGAAGCCAAUAUUCUAAGCCACACACUACCGUCAUACCUCAACGCUUGCCAAUCUCUUUUCACCGCCCCGGGCCGGAUACGUCAUCAAACAUUUAUCGAUCGCUGUCGCUUCGUAUCGCCAAUCAUCACCCGCCGUGGAAUCGAGACAAAAGGAUACCUUUUCGAUUUGAUAUCCGACAAGCAAUUAGAUGAUGAGGGGAAUCGAUCUGAUUUGCUUCUUCUCACAGAGUUAGACACGGUGAAUUGGUCGCCUCCAGAGCGGAAGACCGGAAGGCGCAAACUUGACGACGUUGCUUGCCAAGUGCUUGAAAUACUUAUGGACAAGCUGGGGGAUGGCAAGCUUGUCAGGCACAUGCGCAGACACAUCCAGUUGGAUCAGCACCCGCCACGCCCAGGGGAAGGUUAUUUAUCCACGUCUUAUGUACUGGAUAAUAUGUACGCAAUCUAUCGAGCUCUUGUAAACAAGGAGGAGCUUCGCCUUGCACGACUUGCUUCCGCGCCUCCAGAUUCAGAGCCGGUCGCUCUUUUCAUCUCACCUGGGCCGUAUGUAGGAACCAGUCAGUCAACUGGUUAUCUUCCUCACGACGAACCAAUAAAGGUUUUUGCAAGCUUCGACAAUGGUCGAAAUGAUUACGAUAAAGAGCGGCUGGUGAGCCUAAAGGUUGAAGUAUGCGAUGAUAUUGGUGUUACAAGAGCCCGGGACCAACGGAAUCGCUGUCUGAGAAAUUUGGGCUGGGUCAAUGGUAUUUGGGCUGUUCAUGGCGAGGAGAUGGAGACAUUUGUUUUUCCACUGCCGGGAAUUACGAAAGAGGGCGGUGAUGAGCGAGAGGUAAAGAGCAAUGCGGGAAAGAAGAGAAAGAGGAGACAUGGUGACUAG